UGUCGAGAUGUCAAGAUGCGAUUUAUUCCUCCUACUAACUAAGAGCUACUUUUUACCCGAUAGAUAACCCACUCUUCAAUUUUGGAAUUUAUCUACACAUAGGUAGUAGAUUCGUAUUCUGGCAGACGUUCUUGUGGAGUUAUAUGAUGACUUAUAAGCGAAAGCGCAGCGAAAAUGACGUCGCGUCCAGGUCGACGGUAACAAAACGAUCCCGCCAUACCGAAUCACCGGACUUGCUAUCGCCAUUACCGAACGAACUUCUUAUACGCAUCCUCGCAUUCUUACCCCUCCCCGAUCUUCUAAAUAUCGCACCACUAUCGCGGCGUUUCUACGACCUAUUCGGUGAUUCGCAGAUAUGGAAACGUUUAUACUAUUCGCGCUUUGUUCUUCCCCGCGCCCUUCGGAUCCCCGGAUUCCGCAAUGGCUCGGCGAGAGAAGGAAAACUCCACUAUUCGUCUCGUAAAGCAGUUUGGGCAGACGGGAGAAGAGGUGGUUGGGUAGACAUGCACGUCGGAAAAUUAGAAGACCGUUCACGGGAUUGGAAGAAGCAAUACAAGCUCAGACAUAACUGGUCUAAAGGAAAAUGCGCCGUGGAGGAGUUACAACUUAGACAAGAACUACCACCUCCCGAGACGACUUCGCCACAUAAGAUGCUCGUUAAAAUCUCCGAAGGCAUUGCAAUUACAGCCGAUAUAGCUACGGGAUUGCGGGCUUGGGACUUAAAGACAAAACAUCUACUGGCGCAAAUUGGUCUGGGUCAAGUAAACUCACAAGUCGUUCCGAGCUGCAUCACCAUAGACGAUCAAGGGAUCCAUGACAAAAUUCUGGGCAUUGCGAUCGGGUUUUCCGACGGUAGCUUCGGGACUUGGACGUUGAAUAUCCAAGAUAGGGGGAUAUUACGAAGGUAUCGCCAUGAGAAAUCUACCAAUGGGGAACUAGUUGGAAUUGCCUUCUCCUACCCAUACCUCCUAACGGCAACUAAAUCUGUUCUAAUAUCCCUAUAUACAUUCAAUGGACCACCUAAGUCGGCUCGCCCUGGAGCUCAAGACUUAGAAAGUAAGACCACAGGGGAUUCUGAGAGCGAAACAAUGCAAGAAACAGAUGAAUCACCCUCAACGCGCUCGACUUCAAAGAUACGAAACUCUGAACCGGUGGCUCUUCGCGCCCCAUACCUUCUAACAUCACUUAAAUCGCAUACUUCGAGGGCACCACUAGCGUUGUCUAUUCGAAAGACGGCAGUAAGUAUUGUGGCUUCAAUUGCUUACACAUUUUCAACUCUUCAGGGGUGGUGUUUAGGUAUACAAGAUUUACACUUGCGCCCGUCUACUUCUGGGUCCAAAUCUACGCCGGACAUCACAACCACCCGACUGGCAUACAGUCUCCCUGUUCGGUCAAGCCCUACCCAUAUACCAUCUCCGCCCACCUCCCCAUCUCAGCCUAGCAACCUUCUAUCUUCCCAAGAUGAUCAAGAAUUAGAUGGGCCUAUCAACCUAUGCUACACCCACCCUUACCUCCUCGCAACCCUAUCCGAUAACACAUUGAUUUUAUACCUCUGCACAUCUAAUGCGACCUCACUCUCUAUAUCACCUGGUAUAAGGUUAUGGGGACACACUUCUGGUAUAAGCGAUGCUGAGAUAACGGCUCGUGGCAAAGCAGUUAGUGUUAGCUGUCGAGGAGAAGAAAUCAGGGUCUGGGAAUUAGAAGGCAAGGUGCAUGGAAAGAGCAUCGAGGUCCGACCAACAGUCAAGCCAACAGUUGAUGAUACACAAGGGGUAGGAAAUGCCCCCUCUGACGACAUUACCACUGAAUGGGACGAUCGGAGAAACUGGGUUGGCUUCGAUGACGAGAUGGUUAUCGUCCUCAAGGAAUCAAAAGGACGAGAAAGCCUAAUGGUUUAUGAUUUUACGUGAUGUUAAUCACGACAUUCCCGAGACUCGUCAGAAGUACAAGAAGAGUCUUGAUGAACUCCCAAGCGAUGUAUUUAAGGAUUCGAGAUACCCCAGAUUCAGAAAUAGAAAGUUUUGAUCUACUCAGACAGUCAGACUAAAAUUCCCUGAAACGUUGA